AUGGCUCUUCGACAUACCCAAACCGACAACACAUACGUAUGGAAGGAGAAGAAGGAAAAUUCUAUUGUCCAACGACCACCGAAGAAAAUCGAUAUGGGAGGUCUGUACGUUUAUGGAAGAAAAGAAGAGGAAGAAAAUGACGGACGUUAGUUGACGGGACCAUCAAACGGAUUAGCCGCCGGGAAUCCUGGUCGCCGUCCCGACUGCUCAGCAAUAUGCAGUCGCCUAUCCUUUCAUGAGCGAUCCGAUCGGGGAUCGGGGAUAGGCCGUGUCGUCCACAAUGGAACCCCUUGUGAUCAAUUGUGGCAACCAUCUGACGCCUCCCGAUAUCCACCUGAAUCACGACGUCCUACGAACGUCAAGGAAGCAGUAAAGGAAACGAUCGCUCAGAACCAGGGUCAGAUACUCGCUGCCACCAAUGUUUGGUCCCAUUGGGUGAUUAGCUGCUCAUUUUUACUUUUUCAGUAUAAUGAAAACAUUUUAAAAUGGCUCUUACGGCACCCUACAGUGCUACCCAGAAAGCAGCACUUCGGCAAGGGGCUGGUUCUGGGCGGUUGUUUGGCGGCGGGGGAAUCCCCCUCGUCAGCGGUUCGGCCCAGGGAAAAUGUAAGCUUUCUCCAUAUGCUCUUUAACGUAAAUUCAACAAGCCAUUCGCUCACAUUUUUCAGGUGA